AUGCCAGAGUUGACAGACCCGAAGCAGAUGAGAGAAGCGACAAGGUCGUACUUGGGCAAGAAAGAAGCUUACGGGCCUCUCUUGGAGAAGCAGGAAGCCAAGACAGUGUCUGGUGGCACGGUGGCUUUUUGGCUGGUGAAUGUUUUCAGCUUGCUGGAUGGGAUUUGCCGUGCCGGUGGUGCUUUCUACGAUUUGCUUCGGAGCUGUGCAGAGAAAGCCGGCGGAAGAGCACUCCGAUUCGCGAUCUACUCAGACGAGGUAAUCCCAGGCAAUGUCCUUGCAGCCCGAACCUCGAGGAAGAGCUGGUGCAUCUAUCUCUCAUGCAUAGACUUCCCUGCUCAAGUGCUUGCGAUGGAAGAGGCCUGGCUCACCAUCGCACUGCUCAGGAGCUCUUUUGUGGCCUCGCUGGAGGGAAGCAUCAGCCAGAUCUUCAAAAUCAUCUUUCGCAGUAUCUUCUUGCACUCUAAGCAUGACCCGGCGGCAGGUGUUUGGAUGCAGGGGCCGAAGGGCGGGUUUCAUUUGUCAUUCGAGCCAAGCAUGGUAAUACAAGACGGGGCAGCUCACAAAUUCGCUUGGAGUGUGAAAGGUGACUCGGGUUCGAAGUAUUGUUUGUUGUGUGGCAAUCAGCGAGCCGACAAUCGCAACGAAGAGAAGAUCCCCAAGCAUGCACAUGCUGCCUUGCAUUUGGUUUCGGAUGACGAUAUUUGGGAUUCUUGGUCGAGGCUCGCCGACCUGAAGGGCCGGUGUUCAGCCAAAGACUUUGGCAUGUGGCAGCAAGCCACUGGGUGGACCUUCAACACAGAAAGCAUUUUUUUUUUUUUUUUGCUGAGGAGGGUGGUCAAACCAGCAACAAUGUUCGUGCACGAUUGGAUGCAUUGCUGCUUGAGUAAUGGAACAUUGAAUGAUGCGACCUGGUUACUUCUCAGUGCCACGAAGGACCAUGGCUUCAAGGAUGUUUUUGCCACUCUGGAGAAAUACGUGGAUCUGUGGACACAGCCGGCUUCCUUCGCACACGUCAAGCUGAAGCAAGUCUUCGAGAACAAGCGGAUGAAAUCCUGUAGAGAAGCGGGGAAGUUCAAAACGACAGCUUCCGAAAUGCUCAGUUUGCUGCCGGUCCUCGCCUUUUUCGUCCGAACCUGCAUCGUUGACAAAGGCUUCCUACCAUCCGAGUGCGAAGCUUUUUUGCAGAUGUGCCUUAUGGUGGAACUAUUGCAGGCCGCCUGUCAUGGGCAUGGUUGUGUGAUUCCAUCCAUGUUGCGAGAGGCCGCCGACAAGUGCAUGAGCUCUUGGUUCGAAACGGGCUGGGGGGAGCACGUAACCCGCAAGAUGCACUGGUUGCUGCAUAUGGGUGACCACUAUGAAAAGCACAAGAGGCUGCCUGCUACAUUCAGCAUGGAGCGGAAGCACAGGACAAUCACCAGAUAUGCAGCAUCCAUCCAGAACACCAGCACCUUCGAGCGAUCCCUCUACGAGGAAGUGCUUGCCCAUGAGCUGUGGCACUUGGAGAAGCUGCCCGAGUUUCCGGUCGCCCUCGCUCUGGAAAACCCACGGCAGAAGCCCCCCCCCAAGCUGAGGGAUCUGGUGCUCCAGAGCUUCCCACAAGUCUCCAAAGAUGAGAUGAAGAUCGCAACGAUCCUACGGCUUCCUGGUGGUGGGUUGGCAAGCAAGGCAGACGUGUGUUUGCUGCAGGCAGACAAAGGGCGGGACCCUCCUUGGGAUUGUGCCGAAGUUUUUUGCCAUGUUUCCGUGCAAGGCACAUUGUGGUCCGUGGUCUCCCUUUGGAGCUUGCAGGAGUACAACAAGGACAAGCACUGUGCAGUGUGGACCGAGAUGGAGCAGCCUGUGAUUAUCGAGAGCAAAGACAUCCUGACAGCGGCCCACGGACUUAUGCGUUCCCCGACCUUGCCUUUUGCCGUUAAACUUGCGUGGUUCACCGGCCGGGUGCUGCCCGCUGCCUACUCCAGCCUUUCGACUGCCCUCGUGACCUCAGGGCGGGUUUGGUCGAUCUAUCAGGGCUUUUUCGACCGCUGCCAACGGGCCCUGGUCUCCUCGUGGCAGGUCUCCCAUCAUCUUACCCGCGAAGCCUUGGACAUUUUGGUCCAAGCGACGACACCUGCUGCUGCUGUGGUAGUUGCCAGAGCACGCCUAACUGUGCAGAUUGCCACCUCAGCACCCCCGGCCGUCCUUGACUUGGUCGAAGCCUGUUGUGAACGGGAUCUCCCAUGGACCAACCUCCUGCGAGACUCUCUCACCCAAGUGGGUCGGUUGUCGGGUCUUACUGAAGCCCAGCUCCAGGACAGCCCCAUGCGUGUUGCGCGUGCUCACUGCCGGCUCCUUCGGGGAGCUUGCAAACGCAUGGGCCGUUACGGCUCCUGCCUGAUGGCCUUUCAGAGGGUCUGGCGGACCAGGGCCACCCACACUUCCACCGGCACCAUCGGUACCCCACAGCCUGUCUCCUGCCCUGAAUGCGGUUGGACCGGACGGUCACAACAGGCGCUUGCGGCCCAUCGCCACCGCAAGCAUGGGAUCCUGGCCCGGGCCACGGCCCUUUGUGAUGGUACGACUUGCAGUUGGUGCUUGCGAGACUUCCAUUCGUCGGACCGCCUCAAGUACCACAUCUCCACUACCCCUGCCUGCCGCUUGUCCUUGGAGAUUUCUGUCGGACCGCAUCACACCUACGGCUCUGGGUCCAAGCGUCGGGGCCCACAACAACAUCGCUUUGGCGCUCUGGGGGUUACCUAA